GCGGGGUGGAGAGGCGGCCCGGAGCAGCCGGGAGGGGAUAAUUCCCCCGGGCGCGCGGAGCUAGGACGGUGACAGCCACGCGCGCGCGUGCGCGCCAGGCUACAGCGCAGCCGCGAGACCCCCGCCGGCCGCUUAGAGGCGCCCCUGGUCUGGGUCGCCGCCGUCUAGUGUACCCUAGUUCUGCGACGUCCCGGUCGUCCUCGACCUGAGUCCGCGAGCGCAGGGCCGCACCCGUCCCGUCGGCCCCAGUCCAUUUCCCUCCGCGUCCCUGUAAGGGCCUGCCCCCCAACUCUCCUUUCCCGGGGCAGGGUCCUCGCGGCCCAUGCUGGCCGCUGGGGACCCACGCAACCCCAAUCGCUCUUGGGCCGGCCAGCCGGCCACCAUGGUGGUCUUGAGGCCUGUGCGGCUCUUUCAGGGGGGCUAACCGGUUCAGAGCGUAGGUUUCGGGGCGAAAGGGCCCCGGGCCUGAGCCUCGCACCAUGGCUGGGGCCAUCGCUUCCCGCAUGAGCUUCAGCUCACUCAAGAGAAAGCAGCCCAAGACGUUCACGGUGCGGAUCGUCACCAUGGACGCCGAGAUGGAGUUCAAUUGCGAGAUGAAAUGGAAAGGGAAGGACCUGUUCGAUUUGGUGUGUCGGACUCUGGGGCUGCGAGAAACCUGGUUCUUUGGACUGCAGUACACAAUCAAGGACACCGUGGCCUGGCUCAAGAUGGACAAGAAGGUUCUGGACCAUGACGUCUCAAAGGAAGAACCAGUCACCUUUCACUUCCUGGCCAAAUUUUAUCCUGAGAAUGCUGAGGAGGAGCUGGUUCAGGAGAGCACACAACAUUUAUUCUUCUUGCAGGUGAAGAAGCAGAUUUUAGAGGAAAAGAUCUACUGCCCUCCUGAGGCUUCAGUGCUCCUGGCUUCUUAUGCUGUUCAGGCCAAGUAUGGUGACUACGACCCCUCUCUGCACAAGCUGGGAUUUUUGGCCCAAGAGGAAUUGCUUCCAAAAAGGGUAAUAAAUCUGUAUCAGAUGACUCCGGAAAUGUGGGAGGAAAGAAUCACUGCCUGGUAUGCAGGGCACCGCGGCCGAGCCAGGGAUGAAGCUGAAAUGGAGUAUUUGAAGAUAGCUCAGGAUCUGGAAAUGUACGGUGUGAACUACUUUGCAAUCCGGAAUAAAAAGGGCACAGAGCUGCUGCUUGGCGUGGAUGCUCUGGGACUUCACAUCUAUGACCCUGAGAACAGGCUGACUCCCAAGAUCUCCUUCCCGUGGAAUGAAAUCCGAAACAUUUCAUAUAGCGACAAGGAGUUUACUAUUAAACCACUGGAUAAGAAAAUUGAUGUCUUCAAAUUUAACUCCUCAAAGCUUCGAGUUAAUAAGCUGAUUCUCCAACUUUGUAUUGGGAACCAUGACCUGUUUAUGAGGAGGAGGAAAGCUGAUUCUUUGGAAGUUCAGCAGAUGAAAACGCAGGCCAGGGAGGAGAAGGCUAGAAAGCAGAUGGAACGGCAACGCCUCGCCCGAGAGAAGCAGAUGCGGGAGGAGGCUGAGCGCUCGCGAGAUGAAUUGGAGAGGAGGCUGCUGCAGAUGAAGGAAGAGGCAACAAUGGCCAAUGAAGCACUGAUGCGGUCAGAGGAGACGGCCGACCUGUUGGCAGAAAAGGCCCAGAUCACCGAGGAGGAGGCCAAGCUCCUGGCGCAGAAGGCUGCAGAGGCUGAGCAGGAGAUGCAGCGCAUUAAGGCCACAGCCAUUCGGACAGAGGAGGAAAAGCGCCUGAUGGAGCAGAAGGUAUUGGAAGCUGAGGUGUUGGCACUGAAGAUGGCUGAGGAGUCGGAGAGAAGGGCCAAGGAGGCAGAUCAGCUGAAGCAGGACCUGCAGGAAGCCCGUGAGGCAGAGCGAAGAGCCAAGCAGAAGCUCCUGGAAAUUGCCACCAAGCCCACAUACCCGCCUGUGAACCCAAUCCCAGCACCAAUGCCUCCCGACAUACCAAGCUUCAACCUCACUGGGGACAGCCUGUCUUUUGACUUCAAGGAUACAGACAUGAAGCGACUUUCCAUGGAAAUAGAGAAAGAAAAAGUGGAAUACAUGGAGAAGAGCAAGCAUCUGCAGGAGCAGCUCAACGAGCUGAAGACUGAAAUUGAGGCCUUGAAACUGAAAGAGCGGGAGACAGCUUUGGACAUUCUGCACAACGAGAACUCGGACAGGGGUGGCACCAGCAGCAAGCACAAUACGAUUAAAAAGCCUCAAGCCCAAGGCAGAAGACCUAUCUGCAUUUGAGUCCUCAAAGUAGGUUAUUCCCAGCUUACUUUGCAGAGUGCCAAGUCCCGAGUGGCUUUCUUUGAAGAGCUCUAGCAGGUGACCCGACUAAUCCAGAAUCUGCCACUUCUGUUGCUUCCAGCACCAGCGGGAUGGUCCAACUCCGUGGGAACCAUUUGUAGGGGGCUGUCUGGAGGCUCCCAUGGGAGUUCUGGAAUUUUCUCCAGAUGAGUGGAAAGUUCAGCCCCCUUCAUGUGCAAUUGCCUUUAAACUAUGACCCUGUAGAGAUCUCUCUCAUGGUGUUUUAGUUCUUCUGAUUUGGAUCUAUCUAUCCUUUUUUUUUUUUUUUCCCCUGAGGAGUGUUUGUCUUUCUUUGUCUUAUGUGGGAUCCUGUAGUUUCUUGGUCCCUGGCAACCUGGUUUGUGUGUCUCACUGCCUAGUGCCAACCUCGACAGCCCAGUCUGGAAAGCAGGUGUAGGGAGUGAAGUGCCAAGGCUGAAGCCAAGAAGGCCAGUUCCACCACCCGUACUCCACCCGGCAUUCCAGAAGGUCCAUCCCCCUAGCUGAGGCCCUGGAACACAGUGGACAGCCUGGCUGAGUUAGUCCCAGAGGGACCUGCCUGCUGCAUAUCAUCGGGGAGCUCACCUGAAACUCAGGACCAGCAGUGAAGGGUCCUCACCAGAGCACCAUAGGGUGGGACUCUGGGUUUGGGAACAGCUCAGGGCAAAAGCUAUGAUAAAGGCCCAGUAGCCAGCCAGGGGCUGCAAGUCAGAACCUUGGAGGGAUCUAACGGUACAGAGUGCUCCCCCUCCACCAGCUAUACCCGCCCAGGGCCCGAGAGCCAGAGAGCAGCCAGCUACAUGUAUCUUGCAUCCCCAUCAGCCUUAGACUCCUGCUUGAGCUGGUCAUCUUCCCAGGCUAUGAUCAGGGAGCUCCAAGGCCCCAAGGCCUCACACGUGCUUCCUGUCUGGCCCCAACACCAUUAGACUCCAAAACCCCAGACUCUUACUUGAGUCACCCUUCCUCUGGCCAUGUACCAGCAAGCCUUCCCAAACCCUCUGUAGUACCUACACCUUGUUUGCUGUUGCCUGUGUUUCCCUGGAGGCCCUUUAUUUUCUGUCCUUUAAGGGCCCAUCAGAGUCCCUUUUGUCUUUCCUAGGAGGAAGAGUUGUCUCAGAGCUGGUAUUCAUACAGGCUAGCACACAACUUGUGGGAUUCAGAGCCACCUGUGAUUGGAGGCCACCUUCUGGCCCUUUCUUUACUCCAUGGCUGAUGUUGCUGUGGCCACCUGGGGUCCUAAUAGAGGGUUAUGCAGAGCAGAGCCAGAGAUAGCAAUUUAAUCAGCGAAAAGAUUCUUACUAACUGAAGAGGGCCUGGAGAUCCCUUGAGGGCAGAGACCAUCUCCAGAGAUUUUGUUUGGUUUUGAGGAUCAAAGGCACUCAUGAGAUCCUGCCUUAUUUCCACUGCCAGGCUGACCUAAUGGCAUCCUCAGCUGGUCACUGCCUUCUUGGGCUACCUCGUCCCCUGCAUGUGACCCAGCCCUUUAGGGCAUGCAGGGUGGAACUGUAGUCUGGAACCUAAGAGUGGAUGGUUGCCACUGAAAGGGAGUGUCCUCAGGACCAGAAUCCUCAGCAUUUACAAAGUCAGAUCAUGCUCCUGUGUUUUGACUAUCUUUUCAGGCCUAAAACACAUCCUUGAGUUUCUGCCAGGACCUAAUUUCCUCCCAAUCUGUAAAUUUAAUCUUCAGCAGUGACUGUGGGGCACAAGAGCAUGAUGAUGGUUUAUAAAAGUGAUGUUGGGCCUUGUUUUUUAAUUUAACUGCUGUGUGUAGCUGAAGUCUGGGAAAUGCCAAGCCGAGUCGCCACACGGGAGCUGGCUGGCUGGCUGGCUGGCGUCUGAGCUGCAGCAGGUGCACCUGGAGCCCUGGGGCAGACGGGGAGGGAGGGCAGAAACCACUCAGCCAGGAGUGCUCAGCUCUCCCUGCGGGCGAAGUGGGAGUCCUCAGGAUGUCUGGAGCCCCAGUAGAAAGAGAAAGAACGAGAGCAGUGGCUGGCUUUCAGGGGAUUGUGUUGUAGCUGCGGUAGCUGUUCUUUCCAGGGAGCAUUUUUAGAGCAUGGAAGCUUGUCAAGUGAGGAAGUCUCUGAAGUCCAUGGAGAUUAAAGCCCUGGCCAUGACUGUGUCAUUGGAGUGCUUCUGGCAGCUCUUGGGCUGAAGUACCGUGGUGCCGAACCUGGUCACAAGGUCAGGGCUCCCUGUGAGGCCAUGCUGGCCCAUAGCUGUUCAUGCAUCCUGCUCCCUGCUGAGGCCCUACCUCAGCCACAGCAGCCUCCAAUCACAGGUUACCACUCAGUUCUUCAUAUACCUGCUGGCCCUGCUAGACAACAUCCCCUGGCAUUAUAUAACACUUCUUGAGUAACUGUGUUUUGUCAUCUUAAAGACAUGUUUCUCUUUCCUUUUUCAAAAGUCCUGAGGCUGACAACCAGUGACAGUGACUAAGUGUUCCUCAUUGACAGGGCUGGGGCCUUGCAACCUCUGGCAGUGGCAGCCUUAGCAAAAAUUCAGCCUCUGCCAAUUGCCAUGGGGCCAAGAUGGCCUUAGGGGGCUUCUAGGGAUGUGCCAUCCGUUUUCGAAGAUGUCAAGCAACACUUUUUCCUGCUGGGCCCAAGUAACACCUCCUGUCAGGGCCAGACCACGGAAGGUUAUUUUCUAUUCUGGGAGAUUGUUGUAAUUUAAGUGAUUGUUUUAAUAAAAUCCUAAGCUGUAA